AAUAGAAGUCAGAAGCAUGCUUACAUUUAGCAGGGAGGGUAAUGAGCACACAAAAACAGAAGGGGGCUUCAAGCGUUUUGGUAACAGUUUUAAUUUAGGUUCUACUUAUACAAGUGUGCUCACUUCAUGAAAAUGUAUUGAGUUGUACACUUAGAAUGUGUACCCUUUUCUGAUAUAUAUUUCAAAAUAGUGACUUUUUAAAAAUUGUAAACUUUUGUAAACAUCAGUUAUCACUUCUUUCUUAAAUAUAAUCAAACCCACAAGAGAAAGUUUCUUCUCAAAAUGUAUUUUAUGAGGAACACUAAUAUAUCAUUUCAGUUUGUUCUGAAAAGUGUUCUUUUACUGAAAGCUAACCCAACAGAUAUUUCUUUAGAGCUUCCACUACUUAAAAACUGGAGAAACGAUCGGGCGCACUUCUGUGACUUAAAAGGACAUUGGUAUGACAACAGUUAUAAUUUGGAAUGAAAUGGCAAAUACUAUAUGCAAUAGUAAAUAAGGACGCCUGGUGGCGCUGCAGGCUAGGAGUAUGAAUGAAAAGCUCUGUGACCAUGCCGGACGCCAUUAAGCUGGGACUCAGAAUAAUGAAUGCUUCCUGAAAGACGGAAGUAUUUUAGGUAAGAUCUAGGGGCAGAUGUCUUCAGAGAGGACAUCAUUCUAGGGCGAGUCAGUCAGAUCUAAUUCAAGGUUAUUUAACCAAAUCAUCUGGGUCGACCGUAUACAGAGGUGAAGAAACUGCACCACGUGAAUUUGGUCUGAACAAUGGAGACAGCGCUAGCAAAAACGCCACAGAAAAGGCAAGUUCUCUUUCUUGCUAUAUUGAUGCUUUUGUGGGAGGCUGGCUGUGACUCAAUUAGGUAUUCCAUUCCAGAAGAAACAGAAAGUGGCUCCUUUGUGGCCAACCUGGCAAAGGACCUGGGGCUCAGGGUGGGGGAACUAGCUACUCGAGGCGCGCGAAUCCAUUACAAAGGAAACAAACAGCUCUUGGAACUGGAUGUAGAAACCGGGAAUUUGCUGCUAUAUGAAAAACUAGACCGGGAGGUGCUGUGCGGAGUGACAGAUCCCUGUAUACUGUACUUCCAGUUAUUACUGGAAAACCCGGUGCAGUUUUUUCAGGCUGAUCUGCAGCUCACAGAUAUAAAUGACCAUUCCCCAGAGUUCCUAGACAAGGAAAUGCUCCUCAAAAUCCCAGAAAGCGUUCAGCCUGGGACUGUAUUUCCUUUGAAAAUAGCUCAGGACUUUGACAUAGGUAGCAACACUGUUCAGAACUACACAAUCAGCCCUAACUCCCAUUUUCAUGUUGUCACUCAUAAUCGCGGAGAUGGCAGAAAAUACCCAGAGCUCAUGCUGGACAAAUCGCUGGACCGGGAGGAGCAGUCUGAACUCAGUUUAACCCUUACGGCGCUGGAUGGUGGGGAUCCACCUAGGUCCGGGACCACUGCAGUCCGUAUUGAAGUCGUGGACAUCAAUGAUAAUGCCCCUGCGUUUUUACAGUCGCUCUAUGAGGUACAGGUCCCGGAGAACAGCCCCCCAAACUCCUUAGUUGUCGUUGUCUCUGCCCAAGAUUUAGAUGCAGGAACAUAUGGGAAUGUACGCUACACUCUAUUCCAAGGCAAUCAUGUUAUUCAACCAUUUGUAGUAGACGAAAUAACAGGAGAAAUUCAUCUGAAAAAGGCAUUGGAUUUCGAGGCAACUCGAUACUAUAACGUGGAAAUUGCAGGCACAGACGGUGGGGGCCUUUCAGGAAAAUGCACUGUAGCUAUAGAAGUUGUGGAUGUGAAUGACAACGCCCCCGAACUGACCAUGUCAACGCUCACAAGCACAACCCCAGAAAACUCCCCAGAGACUGUAGUUGCUGUUUUCAGUGUUUCUGAUCCAGACUCCGGGGACAACGGUAGGAUGGUUUGCUCCAUCCAGAACGAUCUUCCCUUUCUCUUGAAACCCACAUUCAAGAACUUUUACACCCUAGUUACAGAAAAGCCACUGGACAGAGAAAGCCAAGCUGAGUACAACAUCACCAUCACCGUCACCGACUUGGGGACCCCCAGGCUGAAAACGCAGCACAACAUCACCGUGACGGUCUCCGACGUCAACGACAACGCCCCCGCCUUCAGCCAAACCACCUACACCCUGCGCGUCCGCGAGAACAACAGCCCCGCCCUGCACAUCGGCAGCGUGAGCGCCACGGACAGGGACUCGGGCGCCAACGCCCAGGUCACCUACUCGCUGCUGCCGCCCGCGGACCCGCAGCUGCCCCUGGCCUCCCUGGUGUCCGUCAACGCGGACAACGGGCAGCUGUUCGCGCUCAGGUCCCUGGAUUACGAGGCGCUGCAGGCGUUCGAGUUCGGCGUGCGCGCGGCCGACCGCGGCUCGCCCGCGCUCAGCAGCCAGGCGCGGGUGCGCGUGCUGGUGCUGGACGACAACGACAACGCGCCCUUCGUGCUGUACCCGCCGCAGAACGGCUCUGCGCCCUGCACCGAGCUGGUGCCCAGGGCGGCCGAGGCGGGCUACCUGGUGACCAAGGUGGUGGCGGUGGACGGCGACUCGGGCCAGAACGCCUGGCUGUCGUACCAGCUGCUCAAGGCCACGGAGCCCGGGCUGUUCGGCGUGUGGGCGCACAACGGCGAGGUGCGCACGGCCCGGCUGCUGAGCGAGCGCGACGCCGUCAAGCACAGGCUGGUGGUGCUGGUCAGGGACAAUGGCGAGCCGCCGCGCUCGGCCAGCGUCACGCUGCACGUGCUGCUGGUGGACGGCUUCUCGCAGCCCUACCUGCCGCUCCCGGAGGUGGCGGCGGCCGAGGCGCGGGCAGACCCGCUCACCGUCUACUUGGUCGUCGCCUUGGCGUCCGUGUCGUCGCUCUUCCUGUUCUCGGUGCUGGUGUUCGUGGCGGUGCGGCUGUGCAGGCGGAGCCGGGCGGCGUCUGCGGGUCGCUGCUCGGGGCCUGAGGGCCACUUUCCGGGCCACCUGGUGGACGUCAGCGGCACGGGGACGCUGUCCCAGAGCUACCAGUAUGAGGUGUGUCUGACGGGAGGCUCGGGGACUAGUGAGUUCAAGUUCUUGAAGCCGAUUAUCCCGAACUUCCCUUCCCAGGGCAUUGGAAAGGAAAUGGAGGAAAACGCCAACUUCCGGAAUAGCUUUGGAUUUAAUUAGGGAUCUGAUCACAAUGCUGUGAGUUUUGUCAUUUAUCUCUAAUUAACCCAAAUACCGAGUUUGAGAGCGUCAUGGAGAAAAAUCCCACCUUCAGGUAUGAUUUCCCUGAAUUUAUCCUUUUCAACUUUAUCUUGCCCAAUUUUGGGAAAACUGAAUUCUCUGUCACUGCAUCUAUGCAUACGCAGUGCCAUCCCAGAUCUAUGCAUGCUGUUGACUUUCCUAAAAUGUUUGCUUUUGAUGGUAUUUGUCAGGAUAAGCUGUCUUAAUGAAAUCAAAUACUGUUUUUCUCUGUAUUCUGUCCAUUCUGUUUCAUCACACUGUUUUUGAUGCUAAAUAGCAAAAAUAAAAAGGUUUUACAUAA